AUGGCCCCUUCCAAGACCCUCCAUGUGAAGACUCCGCUACGGGAGAGCAUCCCACUUGCCAAGUCAGCUGGCACCAAAGUCUACCUGAAGCUCGACAGUGCGCAACCCACCGGCUCCUUUAAGAUACGGGGCAUUGGGCACUUCUGUAAAACGUGGGCUGAGCGUGGCUGCAAGCAUUUCGUUGGCUCUUCAGGGGGAAAUGCUGGUCUGGCAGCUGCCUACUCUGCCAGGAAGUUAGGAAUCCCAGCUACCAUUUACGUACCCACAUCUACACCAGCUUUCACCGUACAGCGCCUGAAAGAUGAGGGCAGCGCCGUAUGCAUUGAGGGAGAGAUGCUGGCUGAGAGCACAAAAGCAGCCCAGGAGUUGGUAAAGAACAACCCUGAAUGGGUCUAUGUGCCACCCUUUGAUGACCCUCUCAUCUGGGAAGGACACAUGUCCCUGGUCAGAGAGAUCAAGGAACAGAUGGAGUCUAAACCUGGAGUGCUGGCACUCUCGGUAGGAGGAGGAGGCAUGCUGUGCGGGGUGAUCCGGGGCCUCCGUGAGGUGGGCUGGGACGAUGUCCCCAUCAUUGCUAUAGAGACCAAGGGGUGCCACAGCCUGAAUGCUGCUUUGGUGGCCGGGAAGUUGGUGACGCUUCCAAAAACGACCAGCGUUGCUACAACCCUCGGGGCGGCCACGGUGGCAGCAGAGGCUCUGAAGCUCGCUCAAGAGCACCCCGUCUUUCCAGUGGUCGUCACCGAUCAAGAAGCAGUGGUGGCCAUUGAGAAGUUUGUGGAUGAUGAGAAGAUCCUGGUGGAGCCAGCGUGUGGGGCUGCCUUGACAGCGGUCUACAGUGGGGUGGUCAAACGGCUGCAGGCGGAAGGCAAACUGAGCCCUCGGCUGGACUCUCUGGUGGUUAUUGUGUGCGGGGGCAACAACAUCACUCUGGCAGAGCUACAGCACCUCAAAGAGCAGCUGGGGAUCCAGCAUGCCGAAGACCAAAGGGCGCGUGACUUGGAGGAGGAGAGCCAGCUUGCCGUGUCAAUGUGGGACGUCUCUUCGCAAAGCCACGGCGGCAUUUUAUCCCAGGCUUCGCUCCGAGCUUGUUGGAAACCCUGCUCUUAUUAA